AUGGAAGAACUAGAUUUAAUGAAAAUGACACCAUUUGAGUCUCGCUUUCACCGCCGCCCCCAGCAGCCGCCCGUCGCCAUCCUCCUGGACGAGCGAGUCCCUCCCGAGGACGGCGCUUACUCCUUCCAGUUCCAGGCGGAGAACGGCAUCGUCCAGAGUGAGGUCGGAACGCCGGGUUCCCAAGGCCAGACGAACGUUCAGGGAGUCUUCAGCUUCCCCUUAGAAGACGGCAGCAUCGCCGAAGUCCGGUACCAAGCUGACGAGAACGGCUUCCAGGCCCAGUCCCCUCUGCUGCCCGUUGCCCCCGAGUUCCCUCACCCCAUCCCGCAGUUCGUCCUCGACCAGAUCGCCUUCGCCGAGGAGCAGGAUCGCCUCGAAGCUCAGUUUCAGUUCCCAGUGAUUCAUUAAAUGUCACCUGGUUACAGAUGGUCAGAAUUCUAAUAAC